UGUUGGGCUUCAUUUCGGCCCGACAGGCCGGGCUCGACGAUCCAGUGCGGCUGCGCCGGGCCGAGUCCACCCGCAGGGUUCUAAGUUUGGAAUUAAAUAAAGAUAGAGAUGUGGAAAGAAUACAUGGAAGUGGUAUCAACACCCUUGAUAUUGAGCCUGUUGAGGGAAGAUACAUGUUAUCCGGUGGAUCAGAUGGUGUUAUUGUACUAUAUGACCUUGAAAACUUGAGCAGAAAACCAAGUUACACAUGUAAAGCACUUUGUUCUGUGGGAAGUCUUCAAAUUAUUUGAGGUCUCAGAGCUUCACGAGUAAGAUCGACAAGAACAGAAGAUUUGUAACAAUAAAAGGCCUAAAUGGUGUCUUGGACCAUAAGAAAAAAAAAGGGUAAUAGAACAUGCAUCAAAACAAAUGGGUAGGAACAAAAUCUACUGCAAGUAAGCUGCAUUUGGAGCCACCCUGAUGUACAUAGAUACAGUGUGGAGACAGUACAGUGGUAUCCUCAUGACACUGGCAUGUUUACAUCGAGCUCAUUUGAUAAAACCUUGAAAAUAUGGGAUACAAAUACUUUACAACCUGCAGAUGUAUUUCACUUUGAGGGAACAGUCUAUAGCCAUCACAUGUCUCCAGUUGCUACAAAGCAUUGUUUAAUAGCAGUUGGUACCAAAAGCCCCAAAGUACAGCUCUGUGACUUGAAGUCUGGAUCCUGUUCUCACAUUCUGCAGGGUCACAGGCAAGAAGUACUGUCAGUGUCUUGGUCACCACGUCAUGAGUAUAUUUUGGCAACAGCAAGUGCUGACAGUAGAGUAAAAUUAUGGGAUGUGAGAAGAGCAUCUGGAUGUCUGAGUACACUUGAUCAGCAUAACGGAGAAAAAUCAAAAUCAUCUUCUGAGGCAGCAAGUACUGCUCACAAUGGGAGAGUUAAUGGUUUAUGCUACACGAAUGAUGGACUUCAUCUGUUGACCAUUGGUACUGAUGAUCGGAUGAGACUCUGGAACAGCUCCACUGGUGAAAACACAUUAGUGAAUUAUGGGAAAGUCUGUAAUGAAAGUAGAAAAGGACUCAAAUUCACUGUCUCUUGUGGCUGCAAUCCAGAGUUUGCCUUUGUACCAUAUGGUAGUACCAUUGCAGUUUAUACAAUUUUCACAGGAGAGCUGAUAACAACGCUUAAGGGGCAUUAUAGUACUGUCAACUGCUGUGUACUUCAACCUAAUUUUCAGGAACUUUAUAGUGGUAGCAAAGAUUGCAAUAUCCUUGCGUGGAUACCAGCUCUUCGAGAGCCAGUUCCUGAUGACAUUUCUGAAAAGUCUCCAGCUGAACAGCAUUUAAAUCCGGCAUAUGAAGACGCAUGGAGCAGCAGUGAUGACGAAGGCUGAACUUCAGAUAUCUGCUGGUAUAGAAUUGACAUUCAGGCACUGCAUUCAUGGACUUUAUCUACAGAAAAGGAUAUUGUUGGAUUUAUUACAACUGGAUUUUUGGUACAGUUCUGUUAGACCAAGGUCUUUCAGAAAUAAGUUUCCACUGCUCUCUGUGUUCUCUCUUCACUGUUGCAGUUAAAUCUAAAGGAUUACUUUUUCAUAUUUACUGAUGUUUAUACUUAGCCUUAUGAUUGGAAUACUUUAUUCAGUGUUGCACAGCUGAUAAAGGAAAAAUAAAAGCCCUUGGGACCAGUUAACAUU